AUGGGCAAGUCAAUCAUUAAAUCGGGAGUCAUCAUGAGAGGUGACUUGGCCAAUGUAAAUAUAGGUAGACUAUCAAUCAUCUCUGAUAAUGCUGUCAUUAGACCAUCAUAUAAGAAGUUUAAAGGAUCAAUAGCAUACUUCCCAUUGGUGAUUGGUGAUCAUGUAGUGAUCAAUGAGAACACAGUGAUCAGUGCAGCAACCAUUGGUUCAUUCGUUUAUAUUGGAAAGAACUGUGUUAUUUCAAAGAGAUGUAUAUUAAAAGAUUGUUGUAUGAUACCUGAUGGAACGAUAUUGCCACCAGACACUGUAGUACCUCCAUUCACAGUGUACUCUGGCUUCCCAGGAACGAUGAAAGAAGAACUACCAGAUUGUUUUGAACAUUAUAUGAAGGACCUGACUAGUAAUCACUAUGAUUCAUUCAUUGGACAAGGUGUUGUCACCACACCAUUGUCAACACCAACAGCACCAGCACCACCAUCUUCUGCGACCAAGAGUAAUGCA